UACGCGUUUGAUACAAACAAAUGCAAACAGAACAUAAGCGCCAAAACAUAAAAACUGGCUUCUCUCCAAUUUACUAGACCAGCAGCCACGGCGAGGAUCCAUGACGUUCUCACCUGUUCGUAUCACGAACGUCCCUUCCAUCAAAAAUGCACCGUUACUUGGUCUAGCGGAAGGCAACGGUUAUUUCUCAAAUGUUCAACUCGCCGCUCUCGUCGUCGUCAUACCAUGGGUCAUCAAACGCAUCCUUCCCUUUGUAAACCGUGGCGGUCUCAAAACAUAUAUCUUCAUUCUCGUCAUCACAGGUAUCCCAAUUACCGUCGGUUAUUGGGCCAUAGCGAGCAUUUACGGCCGUCGUAAAAACGUCAAAGUCCUUAUGCCUGGUAAAGACCUCGAAGACUAUAUCACUAUCAAUGACCCGGAACUGAAGGAAAAAUACCACGGCAAUACAAAAAUCCCAAUGCAGGUCUUCCACGACGCGUACUUUGAGGGCAAGAUUGACUUUAACGGCGACGUGUUGGACAUCUUGGAAGACCGUCACGAUUGGGCGAAAAUGGCCAUGACGCCUGAACUUUUCAAAUACGUCUUCACGAAUCUCCUUCCAGAGGUUAUCGUUCACUCUCAAUCUCAAGACGAAGAACAGGUUCGCGACCACUACGACAGAGGCGAUGACUUUUACUCAUGGUUCCUCGGUCCACGCAUGAUCUACACCUCCGGCGUCAUCACGGAUGCCAACAAAGACGCAUCCCUCGAAGAGCUUCAGGACAACAAGCUCCGCCUCGUCUGUUCCAAGCUGAACCUGAAACCUGAUGACCGUCUCCUCGACGUCGGUUGCGGCUGGGGUACACUCGCAGCCUACGCGGCAAAAAACUACAAAUGCGACGUCACAGGCAUCACCCUCGGCAAAAACCAGACCAAGUUCGGUAAUGAGCGCAUCAAGACCAACGGUGUUACCCCCGACAAGGCUCGUAUCCUAUGCAUGGACUAUAGGGAUAUCCCAGGCGGCCCAGGGCACUUCACGAAGAUAGUCUCUCUUGAGAUGGCAGAGCACGUCGGAAUUAGGCGAUACGGUUCAUUUAUGCGUCAAAUGUACGACCUCCUCGAAGAUGACGGCAUCUUCGUCCUCCAAGUCGCCGGUAUCCGUCCUUCGUGGCAAUACGAGGACCUCAUCUGGGGUCUCUUCAUGAAUAAAUACAUCUUCCCUGGCGCGGACGCAUCUUGCUCUCUCGGCUGGGUCAUCAACCAAGUCGAAGCCGCCGGGUUUGAAGUGAAGAAUAUUGAUGUUUUGGGCGUACAUUAUAGCGCUACUAUCUGGAGGUGGUAUUUGAACUGGGUUAGCAACCGCAAGGAGGUCGUAGACAAAUACGGUGAACGCUGGUACCGAAUCUGGGUCUUCUUCCUCGCCUACAGCACCAUCAUUUCCCGCCAAGGUAGUGCCAGCGUCUUCCAACUCACCUUACACAAGAACCUCAAUGCGUACCACCGGGUUCUGGGUGUUGAGAAUCACUGGAGUUUGCAGGUGCGCGAUGGGAGAGAUGCUGAGAUUAGCUUGGUGGAGUGAUUACACCUGAAAAAAUUACAUAUGCAUAUACGCACGGACGAUGCGCAAGGCGCUAUAUACCACUUGCUUGAAUUAAUGUGUUGGUCGUAGAAUAUACCGACUUAUUUGGAACCUCGGCGUGAUACUCGUUUGCUGUUCCCUCCUUUGUGGAUAUUUGAAUGCUACCCUGCACGGUACUGUUCAGAAUAUAGGCGCAUACAUGAAAUGAAUGACGCCGCGAUUAAGGCGCUAGUGUUGCGUCACAUUUAUUUGCCUACGGUCACAAGGUUGACCCCGCGUAAGCAAUUU